AGGGACGUUUACGGUAAGAUGGAAUCGUUCACCGACUUGAAUCCGCUGGACGCCCGCUCGACGCUCCUCGGUGUUGCGGUGUUUCUCGUACUGUAUUGGCUCCUUCGCCGUCAUCCUUCUCGCAAUCUCCCGCCUGGCCCUAAGGGAUGGCCGGUGUUAGGCAACCUACCGCAGCUCGCUAGAAUGAGGGCAGAGCCACACAGAUAUUUCUCAAAUUUAGCAGCCAGAUACGGUAAUGUAAUCAGUGUGAAUUUGGCGGGAAAUUUGAUCGUGGUUCUGCAUGGAGCCGACGUGAUCAGAGAAGCCUUCAACCAGCCCCAGCUGAGUGCCAGGCCAAGACUGUACGUAAGCGAGAAGCUUCGACCUGGUGUCGGUAUUUUUAUUUCCUCCGGCGCGAUCUGGACGGAAUUAAGGAGGUUCUGCUUGAAAGUUUUGAGGGGGUUUGGCAUGGGGAAGUCGAGCUUCGAGGAGAACAUAGCAACGGAGGCCCUCUUCCUGACUGACGAGUGGAAGAAGGUUAAGGGAGCGCCCCUCGAUCCCAAACACAUGAUUUCACAGUCCAUAUCCAACGUGAUCUGCGCCGUAGUAUUUGGAGAAAGGUUUCAAUACACCGACGUGAAUUUUAGAUAUCUCAUCCAGUAUUCUGACGAUGUCUUUGAACAGAUAGGUGCUGGCGGCGUUGUCGAUUUCACGCCGCUUUUCGCUAAACUGACAUUCUUACCUUUUGUCCGAAAGUACAAAGAUGCAACCCAGGCGCUAAUCGAUCAGAUUUGCCGGAUGGUUGACACACAUAACCAAGACUUCGAUGCAGACAACAUACGCGAUUUCACCGACGCGUUCUUGCAAGAGGAAAGCAAACAUGGCGGCACGUCCGACGUCUUCAGCAGAGAUAACAUGAAGCGAGUGGUGGCCGACCUUUUCGGUGCCGGAACCGAGACCACCACGACUACCCUUCACUGGAGUAUACUUUACAUGAUGGCAUACCCCGAGGUACAGGCCCGCGUGCAGAAGGAGUUAGACGACGUGACUGGACGAAAUCGAUUCCCCAGGAUGUCUGACAAGCCGGACCUGCCCUACACUGAGGCGGUUAUCUGUGAGAUCCAACGCAUCAGUACCAUCGUACCGCUGUCAGUGCCCCACUUUUGCUCAGAGGAUACGACCCUUUUGGGGUACGAUAUUCCAAAAGGAACCGUAGUUCUGUCCAACCUGUGGCACUGCCACUACGAUCCUACGAUUUGGAGAGAGCCCGAGACAUUCCGUCCGGAGCGAUUCCUGGAGGACGAGAAAAAGUUUAUAAAGUGUGAAGAGCUGACUCCCUUCGGAAUAGGUCGGCGCAUCUGCCUGGGUGAGCAUCUCGCUAGGAUGGAGCUCUUCAUCUUCUUCACCCUCCUCCUCCACGAGUUCACCUUCAAGAAUCCCCCAGAUGCUCCGCCCGUCACAUUCGACGGAAUCGACACGGUAACUUGGGCGCCAAAGAAGUUCAAAGUUUGCGUCAUCCCACGAGCCUAAUACGUAAACUCAUGCAUGGCUAGAAAUCACCAAGAAUCUAUUUGCGGCAUCCAUGAAUAUAAGAGAAAUGUUACCAAAUGAAAGUUUUGUCAAAAUUCUGAUAGAUGAAUGACAGGCCAUUCAGUUUCAAGGGACGACUUCAGAAAUAUCCAUCGCGACAAUUAACAACGAUCAAAUAAUCUUUUAUUAUUCAUGAAUCAUUUUUAACCGCCCUCCAGCAGAAACGCGCUCGGAGACCACGACAAUUCUCAUGGCAAUUUAAAGAGCAGCAGAUUAAAAUGUCAGCCUCUAGGCAAAAAUGCGUAGGCCUAAUGGUUAGCCACCACGGACGUAU